CGCAUUUAACUAACACAAGUUGGGUGUAUAAAUAAUUUUUCGCACAGCAUCAGUGCGUCAUUAGUGUGAAUUGUGAAGACAUAAACGUACGCACCUCGCCAGCUGGGACUAGAGCAAAUUAGAAGAAUAUUGUCUAAGCGUAAUUUAUCGUAGCAAAGAGUGUAGAAUUAUGAAAGUCUUGUUCGUUUUGGCACUGUUGAUUGCCGCGACUACGGCGUUGCCACAAUUCGGUGGUUUCGGCGGUGGACCUGGUGGCUUUUACGGUGGUGGUCCCGGUUUUGGUAGGCCUGGCGGCUUCGGUGGACCUGGCUUCGGCGGACCUGGAGGCUUCGGUGGACCUGGCUUCGGUGGACCUGGCUUCGGCGGACCUGGUGGCUUCGGUGGACCUGGUGGCUUCGGCGGUGGAUUUGGCCGUCCAGGUUUUGGUGGCGGAUAUGGUCGUCCUGGUUUUGGCGGUGGUGGUUUCGGUGGACCAGGUGGGUUCGGCCGUGGUGGUGGCGGCGGCGGCGGUUCGGCCUCCUCGUCAGCGUCUUCAAGUGCCAGUUCGUCUUCAGGUGGCGGUCGUGGUGGUAGCUCUUCUUCAGCAUCUGCGUCUUCUUCAUCUUCUGCUGGCGGUCGCUUCGGUUAAAUACCACACACCAACUGGUUUUUAGUUUAAGUUCAUUUUUUUUUUUUAGCUUAUAAAAAUGUGAUUUAAGUGUGCGGUAGGAAUGAGCGUAUAAACCGGAAUGAAUGUUUUUUAUUUAACUUUUAAAUGAUAAAUAAAUGAAAAAUUUGUGGAAAAAAUAACU